CCCCAGGGGCAGAUCUGUCAUUUACAAACUCUGACCGCCGGUCACGUGAUUAUAUUUAACCGAGGGGCCGGCCAAGUUUCGUCUCUUUCUACCCGCCUCCUUCGCCGGUUACCAAAACUCAUUAAUAUAUUUCCCUCAUUUUACAGUUUUACACUUAAAUGGAGUAAUACACAACUCAUACUAUAUCUUAAAGGAAAGAGAGAGAUUCCUGUUCUCCUUGAAGAUUUAACUAUUCUGGAGGUCUGCAAUAAAUACUUUCACCAUUUUCCCGUUGUUGCGGCGGCCAGGCCACAGUUCCAUUCCUUUCCUUUUCUUUUCCUGGUAAUUACUCUCAUCUGCCUACUACUCAUUUUAGGUAUUCAUUGCAAUUUCAUCGAACAGCAUUUCGAAUCGGCUCCGGAAUAGAUCGAAAUUCGAACUUCUCGAGGCUUCCAUAAUGUCUGAAAUAGCUGUCAGAGAUAGUAAUGUACCUGAGUCUCAGAGGAUAAAUGGAGGCUUCAGUAAUGGAAGCAUGGUGAAAUCUCAGGUUGAAGGUGUGAGCAAAAACACUGAAGAAAGGCAAAGGAAAGGGAUGGCUGCAGUGGUUGGCACUUCCAUUAAGAUUGAUGAAUCAGACAAUUCUGAAGCAGCGAUAACCAGUAUAGAAGUAGAGUACAUUGAGUCCGGGGACUUGAAAGACGUAGAAGACAUGGAUGAUUGUCUGAAGGCCCUCUUGUCAGGACUUGGCUCCAAAGACUGGGUUACAGUGUGUGACGCACUCAACAAUGUUCGUCGAUUUUCUAUAUUUCACAAGGAAGCUAUUGUUAAUAUUCUGGAUGAAGUCAUCUCCUUAGUCGUGAAAUCCCUAAAGAAUCCAAGAAGUGCUGUCUGCAAAACUGCAAUUAUGACUGCCGGAGACCUGUUCAAAGCAUAUACAGACAGCAUCAUUGAUUUGUUGGAUCCUUUGCUUGUUCAACUUCUCCUCAAAUCCUCACAAGACAAGAAAUUUGUUUGUGAGGCAGCUGAAAGUGCAUUAGUAGCCUUGACAAGCUGGGUUUCUCCCGUUCUGUUGCUACCCAAGUUGCAGCCUUACAUUACACAUAGGAAUCCUCGAAUUCGAGCUAAGGCUUCUAUAUGUAUUUCUCGAAGUGUCCCACGGCUGGGAAGUGAUGGAAUUGAAAUAUUCGGUAUAGACAAACUGAUUGUAAUAGGUGCAUCCCAGCUAAGUGAUCGGCUUCCUGAGUCCAGGGAUGCAGCUCGUGCUCUGUUGCUAGAGCUGCAGUCUGCAUACGAAAAAUCUCAAGUCCCAGAACUAACUGCAGUACCUGAGCAAUCUAAGGUCCCAGAAACAACUGACGUACCUGAGCAGCCUGUUGUAGCAUCUUGGGAGGAUUUCUGCCAAUCAAAGCUUUCGCCUUUAAGUGCUCAAGCUGUCCUUCGUGUGACCAACUCUGCUCGUGAGGAAGGCUUAUAGCAUAAAGAUACACAAGCUUUUUAGCUGGUAAUAUUUUCCCCAAUUGUCGUGGUGAGAUUUGAAAAGUUCUAUACUUGUAUAUACCAUGGAAGUUUGAAGUGUUUGCAGAGGCAGCCGGUGAAGCACGUAUUGGUGCUAUAGAUCCUAGGAUUUUACGUAUAUGGCAAAAUUUAAGACUGGCAACAUUUCCUUACUAGUUUUGACGUUGUGUGUUGUUGAUUUGUGCUUGGUUGUAAAUUGUUCCGCCCUUGAGCUGUUAAGUGGAUCUAGCAUUUUGUUAGCAUAAUUUUCUAAUC